GAGCCCACCCUUUGCGUGUGGGGGAGGGAGAGCCGCAGCAAGGUUCCCCUUUUUCUUCAGCUCAGAGCGUUGAGAAGUGAUUGCUCAAAGGUGGGGGCCGGAAGAACCCAGGUUUCCGUGUCUCCUGCCCGCUAGCCUGGUGGGGAGGGGCCAGACGAGACUCCCGAUCUGCCACCUUACACACCCUUCGAGUUGAGUCCGCUAGUCAGUUGGCCCGGCGAGCCAUAAGGGUGAAUGCUGCAUCCUCGGCCCCACGAGCAGGACUCCGUGAGCCUUUCUACCUCAAGUGUGCCCGGGAGUACGUCUUGCUGUCUGACUUAAAUCCUUACUGCUUUAGAGCACGCCCCUUCGGCAGCCAGGGUGGGGCCCAGACCGAACCUGGCCCUCCCGCCCCCAUCUGCCUUUAGGUCGCUGAUCUUCCAGGAUCCUAUGCUGCAGUGAGGGUCCAGAGCUGGCACCACAGAAUCUGGGUAACCCCCUCCACUCACCCAUGCCCACCCCACAUGAGGCUGAGAAACAGCACACAGGGCCAGAGGAGGCAGACAGGCCUCCCUCGAUGUCCAGUCAUGAUGCAGCCCCCUCAGGACCUCCCAGUCGAAAUCCCUGCUGCUUAUGCUGGUGCUGCUGCUGUAGCUGUUCCUGGAACCAAGAACGGCAACGAGCCUGGCAGGUUUCUCGGGAAAGCAAGCUGCAACCCCUCCCCAACUGUGAAGUCUGCACUCCACCAAGCCCUGAGGAAGUACAGAGCUGGGCACAGUCCUUUGACAAGUUGAUGCAUAGCCCCACGGGCCGCAGUGUAUUCCGGGCAUUCCUGCGCACAGAAUACAGUGAAGAGAACAUGCUCUUCUGGCUGGCUUGUGAGGAGUUGAAAGCAGAGGCCAACCAACAUGUGGUGGAUGAGAAGGCGCGACUUAUCUAUGAGGACUACGUAUCCAUCCUGUCCCCCAAGGAGGUAAGCCUGGACUCCCGUGUGCGAGAAGGCAUCAAUAGGAAGAUGCAAGAGCCAUCGCCACACACAUUUGAUGAUGCACAGCUGCAGAUCUACACCCUCAUGCACCGGGACUCCUACCCUCGCUUCCUUACCUCCCCCACCUACCGUUCUCUAUUACUCCAGGGAGCCCCACAGUCCUCUGAGGCCUAGGCCAUUUGUCACACAGAUGUUCUACUCCCAUGGGCAGCCUAGGGGCUAGCCCUGUCCCAGUUGGAUGGAAAUAGACUCAGUCCCAGUGGCAACUGCAAUGUUCUGCUCUGUUCUAGCCCUGCUCCUACUGGAGGUUCUCCUAGAUGGUGCCUCAGACCACCACCACCCAGUCAUGUGCCCAAGAGAUGUUCUCAUGGAGAACACCCUUUAUGCCAACAGGAAAACUGUUAACCUAUAACUGUCAGAACCAGUUAUAGGACCUCAGAGUCAGACUCAAAUGAGGAGCCCAUUUUAUAUUUUAUAUAUUAACUUUAAAGUUGGGAAUAUAUCCUUACUGUAUGUUUUAUCAAAAGAGUGAGAAAGGUGAGAGAGAGAGAGAGAGAGAGAGAGAGAGAGAGAGACCUUUCACAUGUGUGUAUUCCUCUACACUCCAAAAACAUGAUAUAGUACUCUGUAUUUUUAAAAAACAGAAGCCUCUGUUUAUCCCACAAUUGGGGUAGGAGGUUGGAAAAAAGGAUCAUCUAUCCAGACUCUACCUUGUGCACUGUCCCACAGCAGUGGCCUGAGUAGAUGACUAUUGUAGGCCCUGCCCAAGGUAUGGCUUUAGGAACUGGCCUCAUCUCUACAGUGGGUCAGCAUCUGACAAAGGCUUGAGAUGUAGCUGGAGAUUAUCCAAAACCCAGUACUUGAUGAAAUGUCUUCACAGAGGCUGAUUGGAACAAAGCUGAUAGUAUGGUCUUUCCAAAGAAGCACAGUGUCAUCUUAAUCCUACAGGUCCAAUAAAGCAAAGCACCUACUA